GUGAACACAACCCGUAGAAGAACGAUUAGAACCGGAAAUGUCAACCCAGGGACUGCGAACUAGUAGAUGUGAUUAGCUUACCACUUUGAAAACACACGAUGGCUUUCUGAUUGACGCACAUUAGCAGUUACGUAACAUCGACAAAAAGCAACUGCGAAUAUGACAAAUGUGUACUCCUUCGAUGGCAUCCUGGUGUUUGGGCUGCUCUUCAUCUGCACGUGUGCAUACUUCAAAAAGGUUCCCCGCCUCAACGGCUGGCUGCUGUCGGAGAAGAAAGGAGUGUGGGGAGUUUUCUACAAAGCUGCAGUCAUUGGGACACGGCUCCAUGUUGCUGUAGCACUAUCCUGUCUGGUCAUGGCUUUCUAUUUGAUCUUUCUGAAAUGAUUCAUCCAGACUAGAUUGAUGCAAGCGGGGGCUGGACUUGGCAGGGUCAUGCCUAAUCCUUACAGGACACAUGGAUGUGGACUAUUUGACCCAUGACUUCACAUUGCCUCACAGACUUACUCGGGAGCCAGUGAUGCCCUCUUUUGGUGGCUGGGUUGCAUACCCUUUCCCUCAACAGAUGAGGUCAUCUUGAAUCCAGCCCAUAGUUUUAUUACAGAGGAUUACAGACGAAAGAGGUUCUCAUCUCACACUCUUUGUUAUCUUCAAGCACAUACUGUAAUUAUUUAUACUGAAGGUAUGACAAUGGUGUUCAAAAUGCGUAAAAUGUUUCUUUGAACCUGUAAACAACUUGAAUUUCGUUUAGACGUUUACAACCAGUAAACAUUUGCCAGAAAUCCCUUUUUCUCAAAUGAAAAAUGAUCAGUUCUGCUUCUUAUGUUUAUUCUGUAUUUUUUCUUUCAAGGGUGGGUAAAAAUCUUAAUAUAUGAUAUAUUUUAACACUACUUUUUGUCUUUGUUUUCCCCCACACAGAUCUUUCUGCGCCUUUUUUGUGCAUUUGAAAUAGUCUGGACAGGUUCUCGCACUUGCCUAACUCAGCCCAUCUAAUUGCAUAUGGGAUAAUUCUGUGUGUCUGUAAUUAUUUACAGAAUGGAAGUGGUGACAUGCCUACAUGUAAGAACUGGACCAACACGUUUGUUAAAUAUGCCUGAAAAUAGAACUACAUUGCCAUCUAAGAAUGAUAGUGUUUUUCUGGCCAUUUCAUGCUUUCAUUGAAAGAUUAGGAAGCGGUGCAAUGCAAUUUGGAGUAAAAUGCUAGCAAAACAA